AUAAACGUCAUUGAUCACGUUGAUCAACACGCAGGCCAUUACUCAACUUCCCCUCGUCGCCAAGAGAAGAUGCGGAGAACGGCAAUUGACAAGCACAACCACAUCGGAAGGCGUUAUUGGGGCGUCAUAUCACGCAUGUGUAGAGAGCGAACCAUUUGAUUUGAACCGGGGUUGGCACUUGGAACCUAUAAAGGCGACAACCUAAAAGGCCGAACCAUGCUCUAUCGUGUUUCACACUCUUAAUGCAGAUUGUGAAGUUGAAGACAAGUACAUGAUGAAAUCCUCCAGUUUACUCACUUUGUGUGUUGCUCUUUUCCCAAGUCUCGCAUUCUCGCAGGGAUACACCAAUGAAUCGGAAGUUCAUUUAUACGGACUGAGUCCACCUGUAUACCCAAGUCCGCGCGGCAAUGGAUCGACAUCUGCCUCCUGGGCGGCCGCAUACGCUCGUGCACGGGAAAUUGUAUCUCAAUUAACCACGGAAGAGAAGUCCAAUCUCACCCAUGGUGUUACUGGGCGUUGUGUUGGGCAAACAGGAGCUGUUCCGCGUCUCCACAUCCCCGAAAUUUGCUUUGCAGAUGCACCAGCAGGUGUGCGUGGGCAGGAAUUUGUGUCCGCAUUUCCCGCUGGAAGCCACCUGGGAGCAACGUUUGACAAGGAUCUUAUGUUAAGGUACGGAAAGGCCCUCGGACGCGAAUAUCGUGGAAAGGGUAUAAAUGUUGCGCUUGGCCCAUUCUUGGGCCCAAUUGGAAGAGUUGCAAGAGGUGGAAGGAAUUGGGAGGGGUUAGGAUCGGAUCCGUAUCUCGGCGGUGUAGGAGGAGGACUACUUACGAAAGGGAUACAAGAGGAGGGUGUGAUUGCUACGCCGAAGCAUUGGCUCUUCCAAGAACAGGAGUAUAGGCGGACACCAGGCUUGGAAGGUGAAUCUGUCUCAUCCAACGUGGAUGAUCGUACGCUCCAUGAGUUGUAUGCAUGGCCUUUCAUGGACGCCCUCCGAGAGGGUGCCGCGUCGCUCAUGUGCUCUUAUCAGCGAACCAACAACUCGUACGGCUGCCAAAAUUCCAAGCUUCUCAAUGGUAUCUUGAAGACUGAACUCGGAUUCGAGGGGUUCGUGGUAUCUGACUGGGACGCGCAACAUGCAGGCGUUGCAUCGGCAAAUGCAGGUCUCGACGUCGUCAUGCCAGUCGCCAAGUUCUGGGGAAAUAACUUGACUGAGGCUGUGAGCAACGGCUCUGUCGCUACCGAGAGACUUGACGAUAUGAAUACACGACUACUAGCGGCAUUCUACUUCCUCAACCAGGAUGAAGGCUUUCCCACAAACGGCGUCUUUCCAUACAACGUACAACACCCUAUCGUGGAUGUGCGUGAAGACCACGCUUCUCUCAUCAGGGAGAUUGGCGCUGCGGGAACUGUCUUGGUCAAGAAUAUCAAUAACACUUUACCGCUUCGUCAUCCUCGUUUUCUCAAUAUCUACGGAUACGAUGCCGAAGUGAAAGCACAGCCCUGGAACAACCCUGCUCGCUUCGGUGGUGGUUAUGAAGAGAACUUUGGCUGGAAUACACUCAACGGUACUUUAAUCACAGCGGGAGGGUCUGGUUCAAGUACCCCUUCAUGUGUUAUUAGCCCCUUCAAAGCCUUACAAGACCGCAUCAUUGCUGAUCGAGGUACACUGCGCUGGGACUUUCUCGGUGUCAACCCGAUUGUCUAUGCUAACGCAGAAGCAUCCAUCGUAUUCAUCAACGCGUAUGCUUCAGAGAGCUUCGACCGUGUCUCUCUCACGGACGAAUUCAGCGACCAACUAGUCAAGAACGUGGCGACGAACUGCUCUAACACGAUCGUUGUGAUCCACAACGCCGGUAUUCGUACCGUAGAUGCAUGGAUCGACCACCCCAACAUAACCGCCGUAAUUUUCGCCGGCGUUCCGGGCCAAGAGAGCGGCCACGCCAUCGCCGAUGUGCUAUACGGCGACGUCAACCCUUCUGGUCGACUACCAUAUACCGUGGCUCGUCACGAGUCCGACUACGGCACCCUGCUUAACUCAACCGUCGAUCCUUCUCACCCUGCCUUCCUGCAAUCUGAUUUCACAGAGGGCCUAUACAUCGACUAUCGCGCUUUUGAUGCACAAAAUAUUACUCCACGGUACGAGUUUGGCUUCGGACUGUCGUACACAACAUUCGCAUAUGCGAAUUUAACCAUCGAGCAAGAACCUGACGCAAAUCUCGACCCAUUCCCUGAUGCCUCAGUGCCGAUUGUGCAAGGUGGACAUCCGCAGUUGUGGAAUACUCUCUACCGGGUGAAUGUUACGAUUACAAAUACGGGGAAAGUAGCAGGCCAUGAAGUGGCGCAAUUGUACUUGGGUGUCCCGAAUGCCCCACAACGGCAGCUGAGAGGCUUUGAACGCGUGGGCAUUUUGCAGCCCGGCGAAAGCAAGGAGGUGCAGUUUGCAUUGACAAGGCGAGAUAUAAGCGUCUGGAACGUCGUGACGCAGGGUUGGGAGAUCCAGAGGGGACGAUUUGCGGUUUGGGUUGGGGCGAGCAGUCGUGAUGUGAGGGCUGAGGGAAAAGUCGUCGUGGAGUGAGUGAUGAAAAUUCCUUCACUAUGAGUUUAGAAGAUAGAGCAUCGAUGUUGCGGGGUGAAUCAAAUUCGAUUGAAAUUGAUUCAUCUCUGUCCGCUGCUGCUACUGCUCACUUAUCCGUUUCCACAAUCACAUUUGGGAGAUAGUUGAAUUGGGACAAG